UGACGCUUGGCACUGAAUUGGUGUCCCAUUGGUGGAGUUCAAAUCUGAGUUUUUCCGUUGGCUCAAUUUCCCCACCAACAACUCUCCUUUUGCUGCGUCCUCUUCUCCCUCCACCACAAACUCUCCCACCAACUAAAUCCAGUAUUUUAUUCCAAUAUAAACAGUUUAUCCUCAAGAUAAAUUUCUGGAAAAUAAGUCACAAGUCCGUUUGUGGUUGUGGGUGUAACGAGCAAGAAAAUGGUCAAGGCUAAGGCGAGGAUUAGCGAGAAGUCGCUGGAUGUACUGAAAAGUACGAAAAAGGCUGGAUCUCAACCUCAAACGCAAAGUGUGCGGGCCAGGUCACGUUCACGGUCAAGAACUCCGGCAAGGCCACGCAAGACUCCUACCCGUGCAGCCGCUCCGACUCCGAAAACUCCGGCCCCUGCAAAGAAACCAACGCCCAAGACCAAGUCUCCAAAAAAGGCAAAGAAAGCUGUCUCAAAAACGAAGAAGCUACCAAAGCGGGUUGGAAAGACACCCACAGAAAAAAAGAAGCCCGCUGCAAAACAAGCUACCAGAAGAUCUACGUCAAGGUCUAGAGCAGCGGAGAAAUCAAGCCCUAAAGUUGCUGAGAGAAAGGCAACUCCAAAGUCCACUAGGAAGACACCUACUCGCGCUAGUGCGCGAUCAAAUGCCAAUUAUCCACUUCGCAAUAAGGUCCCUAUUGAUGCCACGGAGGUACCAAUUAAGCGAUCACAGUCCAAUGCCUCAAUGUCCAGCAAAAAAUCGACGGGAGGAGGAUGGUUCUCAAAGUGUCAAAUUGUCUAGCACCUUUUAAAAGGAGUUUUUUUAGAGGGAGGCAUAUUUUCUCACUUUGCAAUCCCAUUUUAACUGCCCCUCAUAUCGUGGUUAUACAUCAGAUUUUUAAAUUUAUUAUGACACUGUAUUAUUACUAUAGUAGACGAAGCGACAAACUCUCUUUAAAUGAAACGAGGACAUGUAUAAAAGUUAUUAUGUUUCCUGCAGAUUUACAAAAGACUGCAGCUUUAUCACUGCCACAGGCGUAUGUAGUUUUGGUGAAGGGCAUAUAUAUAUAGUAAACUAGACAACCCUGGCGAACUGGCUUGCCAAUUUUUUUUACAUGUACAUAGUGCCAUCAUUAUUUUCUUAGAAGAUGAGUCUUGGUAUAAUUUUUAACCUAUAAUUAUUAUGAUAAUGUACAAAAUAGGAAAGUGAUGACACUCUGUUUUCUGAAGGUAAAGAGUUUUCACAUAAUUUGAAACUUUAACACUAAUUGAUUUCUAAUCUCUAUUUAAAGCCACAGAGUUAUGAAGCUUUUUACGAAUUUAACUUUCUUUGUGACCCUAGUACUUGGCAAAAGUAAACAAUUAUGCAAUACUCAGUUUUACAAACAAAAUAAUCACGACAUAUUAGAAAUAAGAAAAUAUCCCAAACAACAAAAUGACGAUAGGAUUGAGAAUGGAAUUGGUUUAGUGAUUUAUUCCGAGCUGUUAUUAUGACCGUGUUCAUUACAAUACAAUGAUAUUUUCCAGACAAGGCAACUUUCAGGUAAACCAUAUUACGUAUAUAUUCCUAGUGCCCUUGAUAAAGUUUUCUUACAAAUACUAAUACAAAAUUAAAAUUAUCCAACAAAUUUUACUACCAACAAACAACAAUAACCAACUUGUGUCGUAGCAUCUGCAUGUCUGCUGCUUCCAUGAAUCAAUUUAAUUCAAACUUUAAUUCAGUACUACUUUAAAUAAGCAAAGACAAACACAAGUACAAAAAAUAUCGUGAUCUACAAUAAGAUUAAUUUUUGAAACCAAAAAUUAUAUAUCCGAAAGCAGAAGUAUAGAAAUACCAUGAUGAUACGCGUCACAUUUUUAGUAGACCCACAACAACCAGGCAUCAUCUCAAUGAAAGUGUUAACCAAAUAUUACAAAUAUUAAAUGUGUAUACAAAGAUUCCGAAUGGCAUAUAAUGGCCCAGGCAAGACAAAAUUAUGAAAUCAUCUCAAUUCGCUUUUAAAAAACUCUUGUUAUUAUUGAUGUUAUGAUGAAGGAGAGUGUUACAUGCAAUACAUUACGUAACUUUAGAUUAAGAUUUAAGAUGAAACUUGAGAGAUUAUAUUGUACUACUGUUCUAUUGUUACUGUUGUUACAACUAUUUUGUAGAUCAUUGAUCACAUGACAUCACACACAAACUAAACCUCAUGCUCUGCUCAACAUUUGAUUUAGUUACAUAGUUUUAAAUUAUUGGUAAACUACAUUAGAAUUAUUAUUAUUAUGACUUGAUCCAUCUCUACACACACUGAAUAUAAUAUACAAACUCCACCCAACCAGCUCCACACAAACCAGCAGUUAAAUAAUGAUUAGUACAUAUUAUCAUACACGGCACAGUGUUAGCAGUUUAACGUUUAUUUCCAUGUUAUACUCGGAUUAAGUGUUGAAAACUAAAUUCCUGCAUAAUUUGUUGUACAUGAUACAUUUCACACCUAAAAAAACAGCAGCAAAAAGUAUCACGCUAUGAGAAAAAAUGUUAAAAA